AUGGGCGCUUGGAAGCUGUCCUUGGGGGCCUGGUUGCUUGUCUUGCUGUCUCUGACCCAGGCGGGCAGAAAUUUCCGGCUCUUUCGCCAGUACAUCCUGCAGCAUCGGGAAGAGCAGGCCAUAAAAGAGGCUUCUCUUCACUUGGGUUUGCUGGCUCAGAGUCCAGCGUCAGGACUGUGGAACCCACCCAUCGAGAGUACGAUCCGCCAGCCCCUGGAUCACUUCAACAGGCAGGACCAGCUCACAUUUAAUCAGCGUUUCUGGAUUAACGAGGAAUAUUGGCAACAUCCCAGUGGUCCUGUCUUUCUGUACAUUGGGGGCGAGAGUGCACUUUCCAUGUGGGACGUCCUGUCAGGGCACCAUGUGGAGCUGGCCCAGAAGUACGGAGCCCUGCUGGUGGCCUUGGAGCAUCGCUUCUAUGGAGCCAGCCUCAACCCCGAUGGACUGCAGGAUCAAAACCUCAUGUUCCUCUCCAGCCAGCAAGCGUUGUCUGACUUGGUCUCCUUCCACCUGUUUAUCACUCAGAAGUAUAACCUGAUGUCAAACAACACCUGGAUUUGCUUUGGUGGUUCCUAUCCUGGCUCACUCUCAGCCUGGUUCAGACUCAAGUUUCCUCAUCUGGUCUUUGCUGCUGUUUCCUCUUCGGCCCCUGUCAGAGCUCAGCUAGAUUUCAGAGGCUACAACAAGGUUGUCGCUGACAGCCUGUUGAAUCCAGUGGUUGGUGGUUCCAAAGAGUGCCGUGAUGCGGUGGCAGAGGCCUUCUCCAUUGUGGACAGCCUGAUACAUGCCGGACAUCUGGAGAAGCUAGCUAAAGACUUCCACUCCUGUGGGGCUCUGAAGGGGACCAGCGACCUGUUUGAGAUGGUCAGCAACCUCGCCGACAUCUUUAUGGGUGCCGUGCAAUACAACGACGAAGGUGUCCAGUGGGGCAGUGUGGCCAGUCUGUGUAGGAUCAUGACCAACCAGACUGGCUCCCCUUAUCAGAGACUGAUGGUUACCAACAAAGUAUUCUUGAUCAGUAUGAUGCAGCAGUGUCUAGAAAAUUCUCACGAGGAGGUCUUGAGGGAACUACGCAGUACUAACCUCUCUGUGUCGGGUGUCGGCGAGAGGCAGUGGUUCUUCCAGACAUGUACCGAGUUUGGAUAUUACCAGACCUGUGAGGAUUCCACCUGCCUCUUCUCUCACCUUAUCAGUCUCCCGUCCGAGCUCGACAUCUGUGCGGAGGUCUUCAAUGUCUCCCGCGACAGGGUCCAGGAGGCGGUGGCUUUCACCAACGAAUACUAUGGGGCUGACUGCCCCAAAGCCAGUCGCGUCCUUUUUGUUAAUGGUGACAUCGACCCUUGGCAUGCCCUAAGUGUCCUCAGGAACCAGUCCCGCUCCGAACUGGCCCUGCUGAUCAACGGCACAGCCCACUGUGCCAACAUGAUGCCCUCCAGACCCACGGAUCCAUUGCCCCUCAUUCAGGCCAGGAAGUGGAUCAGCGCCCAAGUUGGUGAAUGGCUGGAAUUAGCACAAAAGAUAACUGGAGACCACUGAGUGGCC